AUGGCCAUAAAAACGGAUAUGAGUAAAGCAUACGAUAGGAUGGAAUGGUCAUUCAUUGAGGCAGUAAUGAGAAAGAUGGGAUUCUCGGAGAUAUGGAUUGACUGGAUUAUGAGAUGCAUCACUUCGGUUAAGUAUAAAGUACUCAUGAAUGAUAAUCAAGGGAAGAUAACGGGGAUGCGAGUCACACGCGCUAGCCCCUCGGUAUCUCACCUUCUCUUUGCUGAUGAUAGCCUUUUCUUCUAUAAGGCGGAGCCUCGUGAAUGUGAAGAAGUUAUGAAACAGAUCAAAGAUACACUUGGUAUUCAAAAUGAAGGAGGAAUGGCUUCCUACUUACGAAUCCCAGAGGAUAUUAGUGGAUCAAAGUGUAAGCUAUUUGCUUUCUUAAAAGAAAAGUUACUACAUAGAGUGAAUGGUUGGACUGGUAGAUGGCUGUCAAAAGGAGGAAAAGAAGUCCUAAUCAAAUCUAUCUUGCUAGCUCUUCCGACUUAUGUCAUGUCCAGUUUCCUGCUUCCUUUGGAGAUAUGUGAAAACCUAGCAAGUGCCAUUGCACAGUUCUGGUGGAGUUCGAAUCCACCAAAGAGAGGAAUUCACUGGGCAAAAUGGGAGAAAAUGUGUGCGCCUAGAGAGGAGGGAGGAAUUGGUUUGUUGUAUGAUCCAUGA